CGCCCCCUCUCUCCGACGUCAUCACCCUGCGCCGCCCGCUGUGGAAGGACCCGCGGAGCGAUGGCGGCGCUGUGGCGGCGCGGACUUCAGGGAGGACUGAGCAUCGUUGGUCUGUACUCACGUGAUGUGAUGCGUAGGGGUCUGCGAUCAUCACUGUAUUUACGGGUGUCUGGUGAGGAGCAGGAGACCAAACAUCGCCCUCAGAGCUCUCAGACGCACACAGCGACCCAAGAAUCCUACUCCAGCAGCCAAUCUGAUCAGAACGGGGAGAAGGCAGAGGGCUUUGAAUCUGAGGAACAGUUGAGGCAGCAGCUCCUAUCUGCAGCCCUGGAAUUUGUCCCUGUGUAUGGCUGGUCAGUGGAGGCCAUUGCAGAAGGGGCCAAGGUGUUAGAUCUGUCACCGGCACUGACUGGGAUGUUCCGUCAUGGUCCUGGGGAAUUGGUUCUACACUUUGUGUCUCAGUGUAACAAGCAACUCUCUGAACAAUUGAGUGAUCAACACCAACAGGUGCAGCUGGGAGACCAGGAAGCCAAGCAGACGGACAGGUUUCUCAAGGAUGCAGUGGAGGCAAGGUUACGCAUGCUGAUCCCCUAUAUUGGCAGCUGGCCACAGGCAAUGAGUAUUUUACUGCUGCCUCAAAACAUUGCGGAGAGUUUGAGGAGCUUAACGGAGAUGGUGGAUGAGAUCUGGUACUAUGCAGGAGACAGGUCCAUAGACUCGGGCUGGUACACCAAGCGAGCUAUCUUGGCUGGAAUCUACAACACAACAGAGCUGGUGCUGCUUCAGGAUUCUUCCCCGGAUUAUGAAGAUACCUGGAACUUCCUGGAAAACCGUGUUCACGAUGCUACCAACAUGGCCCAUUCUGCCAAACAGGUUGAGUCGACUAGCAGAGCUGUUUUCCAGGGGCUGAUGGGAGCUGCAGUGACAUUAAAGAACCUGAGUGGCAUUGGCCAGCACCAAUGAGCAGCGUGUGGGCACCAUAACCAACAACGUCUGGACCUGGCACCAUGCAGACCUUGUUUGAGGAGAGGCUGCACACUGUGUACAUGUCUGUGUGUGUGUGUGUGUGAACACAGUGUAUAUGAGUGAGUGAGUGGGUGUGCAAUGAGUGUGUGUUCAAAUAAAGAGCAAUCAAUGAGAAAAUAA